UAUCCGUUGGAAAGAUCGAUAGAAAAUGAAACUAAUAAAGGGAGAAUGGAUUGGAGUUUUAAUGAAGCUGCGAAAAAUUUUCGUGUCAAAGGGUGAGGGUCACGGAAGUGACGAUUUUCGUUGUAUCGUCGAGAGCGUGUAUAUACGCACGUGCGCAUCGGCGUCAACCGGUGGUAGCGACGAUUAUGUGUGCUGCAGCCUUCGGGAGAAACAUUGGUAGGCGGAUAUAACGGCGGCAAGAGCGGCGUCAGCGCGGAGCUCUUCCUCGACGUUACAAAAAGGGCAAGCCGAUCGUAUCGUUCGCUCAGUUGUGAUUCCGGCAGAGUUCCGAAGCAACGAUCUCUUGGUCAAAUUGAAAGUAAGCGAAGGAAACUCGAUCGAUUGUAGGAGCGUGAAUUCUUCGUCGACGAGAUAUUUAGUUUUCGGGACGAACCAGAUUCACAAUUAUUUCGGACGUUUCUGUCUUUGAGAUCCGAAUUUCUCUCCGGUUCCGACGAUCUGCUUGCUGCGAAAACCCCAACGAUGAAAUCCUGGACGCUGCAGGAUACUGUACGACUGGGGAUGACGAUUCUCAUGGCCGUAUACGUACUCGAUCUGGUAAGCGAGUGCAGGGCAUCAAAUGCUGAUUAUUCCAUCGUUCACGACCACAAUAACGGGCCAAAACCUCGAUCGAAACCACGAGAAAUCCGGGGAUUCAAACCUCAAAUCAUGUCGACCGCAUUAGGUUUCGGAAAGCGCCAAAGCAAUUCGUUCCAUUCGUCGAAGCUCGGACGCGAGGCACUCGGAUCACCCGGGAGGGAUUUUUCCGAAAGAUUCCCCGUCGAAUGGUUGGGCCAGUUUUUCAAAAUGCAUCCCGAAAUCGCGAGGAAAUUUGCGAAGAAUUUGUUAGCGGACGAAGAAAAGCUCGGGCCGUCGGUCGUUCAGCGUUAUAAAAAGCACAAAAAUGAUGAAGCUUAUUACUAUGAGGAUUGAAGAAGAUAAUACUACUGUGUUCGUAACCUGGAGCUUGUAUGAAUUUAAAAAAAACCUGUAUUGGAAUUAAUAUAAAAGUGUAGGAAGUCUUUUUACAGAUACCGUUUAUUAAUUUUAAUAUUGUCGUCUGAAAAUUAAUGCCCUGCUUUUGGAAUGUCUAAUAAUCGUUUAGUAAUAUCCCAACACUUAUGUACUGGAAAAAUCAUAUACACUGUAAAAAAUUUCUGUAUGAAAAUUAAUAUACAUGUAUAGGAAGUUCUUACGCGGACACGGUGUGAGAAAUUUCAGUGUAUAUGAAAAUGAAUGCACAUGCGAUGGAAUUUUGACUUUCAUGUAUAUCAACAUGAAAAGUUAUUUACUAAUAUUAAUAUACUGUUGUAUAUUAAAUUUAAUAUACACACGCUUAACUUUAAUUACCAAAUCGUUAUUCUCCUAUAUUUUUGUUGUUGAUGUAGCUAAAGAUACAUCGAAAAAAAUAUUAUUUUAUCAAUUGAAAAAUUAUUUUUCACUACCCGUGAUGGUCAUCACAAUUUCUGGUACCUCUAGAAUCAUUUUAUUUGAAGAAAAAUUCCUACCUACAUGGGGGAUUCGAUCCGAUCUACCUACCUACCUACAUAUUUCUAACUACGCACGCUACCAACUACACUACCACGACAUUGGUAGAUGUAAGCCAAAAAGGCAUUAUAUAAGUUUUGUGACUUAACUCUUUAAGUUAGAAAUUUUGGGAACUACGAAUUUGUAUGCGAAUUGGAGUAAAAACUGACAGGAUUUGUAAUUGUCAAUAACAAAAACCCUAGAGUAAUCACUUUCAUGGGCAUAGAUCCACUUUCUUUUUUUUUUGAUCGCCAUUUAGAAUAUUCAGAAAACUAGCAUCGAAUUCAUAAUUAUGCAGCAUCCUCGGAAACUCCCAAGUAUUUAUUGUUAUGAGCGUAAAUCCAUUUUUGAAGUUACGAAUUUUUUAAAUUUGACAUCGAGUUCAGAAAUCGACGAAAAUUGCGUUACUAUAAAAAAAGUCGGGACUGAAAGGAUUAAAAACUUGAUUACGAAUCCGGCAUUAGAUUUUUAAAAUUCAAAAUAACGGUAUCAAUAUGGUGGCAGUCAAAUUCUGAAAUCUCCUCAAUAUUUUUAAAACUCUGAACCUAGGGGUUUGCGGUGUAACUAAUUACGAAAAAAAUGUAUGGCAAAUCUAUUGAAGAGUUCAUAAUAUAAUUUUUGACCGUGUAUAUUAAUUUUUGUUUUUUAUUCUCGUUUAGCAUUUUUGAAAGGUCAUUGUUGGAACCACAAAUCGCGCAUAUCCUGAAAUUCAACUUCAUAUGUAUAUCAUUUCCCAAACACCUGCAAAUAAAUUUCAAAAUUGUACUGUAUUUUUAAUGUUUUGUUUCCGACAGGUGCAUUCAUAUACAAAUGUUGUAAUUUUCAAUUGACAAUAUGGGAUAUUACAUCACUAGUUCGAAAAAUUCUCAAACCUGUUUUGAAUAUUGAAUAUCAUGUAUUGUAAAUUUCAUACCAGUUAUAGGAACGUAGAAUACUGUUUUAAAUUUACCACACAAGUAUAUUAAUUUUCAUUUCAUAUACCCAGUUUGUAAAGUUCAUACACCGCUGUAUAGUAAAAGUAUUGUAAAUUUCAUAACAUUUUUUACAGUGUUAAUGAAUGAUGUAAAUCCAAACAAUUGUCUAUUUAAUAAAGGUAUCGUGUAUCGUGUCAA